GGUAAUUUUCCGAUGAGCUAACUCGGCAGCCCAUUUUUUUUUCAAAUUCAUCAGAAUUCAAUAAUUUAUAUAAAUUUUCUAAUUCGUUUUUAGCCCCAAUAAAGUAAGUACCAUUAUCGGAGUACACCACUGAACAUGCGCCCCUUCUGGAUAAAAAGCGUUUGAAGGCAGCCAAAAAUAGAUCGGUUGAUAAAUCCGACACGAGUUCUAAAUGGAGAGCUUUAGUACAUAAGCAUAUGAAUAAACAUAAGUAUGCCUUUUGGCUCUUUACUCCACGAUUUCGACUCAUAGUAAUGAAGAAUGGCCCUGCAAAAUCAACCCCAACAUGUAAAAAGGAUUUUGAAGUUUCUGAAACUCUAACUGAAGGUAAAUCCGCCAUUUUGGGAAAAACGGGCUUCGGAUUUAAUUUAAAACAAUGGUUGCAUUUCCUCAAGUUAUGCCUAAUUGUAUUACGGGCGCCCAGUAUCCAAUAUUUUUGGCGUAGUAUGGAUGAAACUAACGAUGGCCCUGUAUGGAGAAGUAGUGGAUGCUUUUGCUCAAAACUAAUAUCAGCAUUUCGUAAACGUCCACCUACACGUAUCAGCCCAUCAUGCAAAAAGAGACUAAGUGGUCGUAAAUUUGCAGUGGAAAGGCUUCUAUUUUCCAACGAUCGAAUAUCGUCUGCAAAAUGGUGAUUUUGAAUCACCCUAACUAAGACUAAUUCAGCUUUAACUAAAUCGGAGGCGUUAAUACUACCCUUAGAAGACAAAAUUUUUAUAAAUC